AUGGCAGGGAUUUCUGGAACUGAAGCUACAGAGAAAAAAGAUGACAUUGCACAGAAAUGCACAAAGGAUAAAUUAGAACGUCCAGCAAAUGACAAUCUUCAUAUGAACGAAUCAGUAGACAUGAACGGCGGUACAGACAGUCCCCAGAGUGAGCUGUCAGAUGACUCUCCCUCCACAGAGAAUAGUAGUCAGGAGGAAGGGGAGAGAACUGCAGAUGAGGAGGAAAAAAAAGUUGAGAUCAAUGAGAAGGGAGAUAAAAAAUGUGAUGAUCAAGAAGUAGUGCUUAUCCAGGAUACAGGAUUCGUAGUAAAACUGUCCAUCCCUGGAGGGGAGGAUUUUGAUCUUCCAGUGAGCUCUAUGGAGCUUGUACAGGAAAUACACCAGGUACUUGUAGACAGAGAAGAAACUUGCCAUCGAACAUGUUUCUCACUUCAACUUGAUAAUGUUGCACUCGACAACUUCUCUGAGCUGAAAUCCAUUGAAGGCCUUAAGGAAGGAUCUGUUGUCAAAGUUGUGGAAGAACCGUACACAAUUCGUGAGGCAAGAAUCCAUGUCCGUCACAUCCGUGACCUGCUGAAAUCUGUGGACCCAGCAGAUGCUUACAAUGGAGCUGACUGUGCUUCCUUAUCGUUCCUCAACACUGUCACCGGUGGCGACAUACUCGACAAGAAGAGAAACAAACCUGACAGUGUUGAUUGUACACCACCAGACUACAUCAUGCCGAAUGCCAAAGAAAGGCCAAUCCUCCCUCUUCAUCCUGGCAUCAAGGACCUCAAGGGUCCGAGUUGCAUCAAAGUGCUAACAUACAGUGGCUGGAACCCUCCGCCAGGCAACAGGAAAAUGCAUGGUGAUCUACUCUACCUGUAUGUUGUAACACUUGAGGAGAAGAAAUAUCACAUCACAGCCUCCACACGAGGCUUCUAUGUGAAUCAAUCAACAGAUGAUGAAUUUAACCCAAAAGCUGCUCAACAGAAGUUUUUAUCACAUUCUUUAAUAGACCUCCUUAUCCAGGUCAGUCCUGCCUUUAAGAGAAACUUCGGUAUAUUACUGAAGAAGCGAGCCCAGAGACAUCCAUUUGAGAGAGUCGCUACACCUUAUCAGAUUUACAGCUGGAUGGCACCCCCAUCGGAACACACCGUCGAUUACAUUCGUGCUGAAGAUGCAUUUUCUACACGACUCGGAUAUGAAGAGCAUAUCCCUGGACAGACUCGUGAAUGGAACGAGGAGAUACAGACAACACAGGAACUGCCUCGCAAAACACUGCCUGACAGGCUGAUCAGGGAAAGGGCAAUAUUUAAGGUGCACAGUGAUUUUGUCGGAGCAGCUACUCGCGGUGCUAUGGCAGUUAUUGAUGGUAAUGUAAUGGCAAUCAAUCCUGGAGAAGAAGCAAAAAUGCAGAUGUUUAUCUGGAACAACAUAUUCUUUAGCCUGGGAUUUGAUGUGCGGGAUCACUACAAAGAAUUUGGUGGUGAUGCAGCUGCUUAUUCAGCCCCAGGAAAUGACUUACAAGGUGUGAAGGCAUACUUCAACUUGGACCACGAAGGUCUGUACACACUGGGGACAGUCAUUAUAGAUUACCGUGGUUACCGAAUCACCGCUCAAUCCAUUAUACCAGGCAUACUGGAGCGUGAACAAGAACAGUCAGUUGUCUAUGGCUCCAUAGACUUUGGCAAAACUGUUGUCACCAAUGAUAAAUAUCAAGAAAUUCUCAAAAAGACUGCAAGUCUUCUUAAAAUCAGGCCUCACAAGGUUGUAGAUGAAAAAGGAGAAGAAAUAGAACUGUUUACCUCAUUAGAAUGCAAAGGAAUUAUUGGAAAUGACCGACGGUACUAUGUGCUUGAUUUACUACGAACAUCUCCCCCUGAUGUGAACUUUUUACCAGUUGGCAAGGAGGAAUUGAGUGCCAUAAUGGGAGAGCAUGGUUUCCCAAGAGAACACAGACAUCGUUUGGCUUGCUUACGACAGGAACUUGUCGAGGCUUUUGUUGAGGCAAAGUAUGUGACCUUUGUGAGACAUGCCGCCAUCAACUACCAACACCUACAAUUAAAGAGACAAGGCAAGACUCAGACGGAGGUGAAGCCUGCAUCCACGACUCCAAAGGCCAAACUGACCAAUGGUCACUGUGAUGAAAGUAAAGCACAUGAAGAAAAGGAGGAGAAUGAAGUUACAGAAGAGGACAAGAAAUUAGUAGAAGUUUUAACUAACACAGAUCAGGCUGAGCAGGCAGACCAGGUCGCUCAAAUACUACCAGGGAUUGAUGUAAAAACACUGGAGGAGGACACCAAGGAUGUGGUGAACAAGGCUGCUAGACUUGUUAACUCUCUCAGUGAUACAGAGUUUAACAUCACUUUCAACCCAGAUGUUUACCAAGCUCAUGUCAAGCAUGCAAAUCCAGAGAGUGAGACACUGCGUCGAGAGAAACAGAUAGUAAAGGAUGCUGCAGAAUUCCUGGUGGUGUAUCAGAUCCCUUCUCUGAUUAAUGAUUGUAUGGACCACACCUCCUCACCUAUUGAUGGAUCUACACUGACAGAGGCCAUGCACACCAAGGGCAUCAACAUGAGAUAUCUAGGAAAAGUGGCAGAGAUGUUGACCAAGUAUCCAACACUGUCCUAUGUAUAUACCAUUUCUGUAGGCGAGCUGAUCACAAGGGCGGUGAAACACCUGUUUAAAACCUACAUGCAGGGAGUAGACAUGAUGAGUCUAUCCUCGGCUGUCAGCCACUUCCUCAACUGCUUUUUAGGGUCCUACCCUACUCCUCAUGCUCAACUCACUGCUGAAGAGUUACAAGGCAAGAAAGCAAGACGAAAGAAUAUAAAGAAAAACAAGGCUGCAAUCUUCAACAUGGAUAAUGUGGAAUGGGUAUCAGAGACACCGAAAACAAUGUGGAAAAAGAUUGUAGAGGAAGUGAAAGACUACUUCUACUUUUCAUUGGAUUGUGACUCUGUUGAUGGUGCUAUUGAGAAGUAUGGCCUGCAGAGAGUGUCCAUGAUGAGGGAAGUGUGUCGCUGCUGUGGAAUACAGAUCCUGUUACGCGAGUACAACAUGGAGUCGAGGAACAAGCAGGUGUUCUAUGAAGAGGAUAUCGUCAACAUCUACCCUAGAGUCAAACACAUUCAUCCCAAGGCCUCAGACGCAUACCACUUUUUCACCAGUGGCCAGGCGAAGAUACAACAGGGUCUAUUGAAGGAAGGGUAUGAUCUGAUCAGUGAGGCUCUGAACCUCCUGAACAAUGUGUAUGGGGCCAUGCACCCUGAAGUGGCAGCCUGUCUUCGGCUCAUGGCCAGACUCAACUACAUUCUCGGGGACUAUGGGGAGGCUCUGUCCUACCAGCAGAGAGCAGUUCUGAUGAGUGAAAGAGUACAAGGACUGGACCACCCUAACACUAUCACUGAAUAUUCACAUUUGGCACUUUACUGCUUCGCCAACAACCAGGUGUCUAGUUCUCUUCGUCUGAUGUACCGUACCCGCUACCUUGCCUUACUGUGUCACGGUGAGGAACAUCCCGAGGUUGCUCUCAUUGAUAGCAAUAUAGGACUGAUUCUACAUGCUGUUGAAGAAUACGAAUUGUCCCUUAGAUUCCUGGAACAUGCUUUACAACUUAAUCAAAAGUUUCACCGAAAGCUCAGCUUAAAGGUUGCUAUGAGCUAUCAUCUAGUAGCUAGGACUCAUUCCUGUCGGGGAGAUUUCAGAGCUGCUCUACAAACAGAAAAGGAAGCAUACGCUAUAUACAAACAAAUGCUUGGUGAGGAACAUGAACGGACAAAGGAGAGUUCCGACUGCCUAAAGCAUCUUACACAACAGGCUGUAGUGUUCCAAAAGAAGAUGAACGAGAUCUACAAGGGAGAGAAGAGUAUUACAUUACCUCCCCUUCAGAUACAGACACCGUCCAUCGUCAGUGUAAUGGAAACCCUCAAUGCUAUCAAUGGCAUUGUCUUUGUGCAGAUCAGCCCAAAUGACCUUGACAAGAUCAAACAGCAGAUGGGACAGACCCCCAUGGAUUCAAAACCAAUAAUCAUAGACAAAACCAAUGGCUCAGACAAACAGGACAAUAAGGAGAAAACAACUGAAGAAAACAACACAGACAAUAAAGAAAAUAUGCCUACAGACUGUACUGCACCAAAAUGUCAUGGUGACGUUACUGAUUGUACAGCACCAAAAUGUAAUGGUGACGUAGCAGAGAUGAAAGCCAAAGUUAUGCAACAGAGUCCAGUCAUUCAGACUCCAGAAGUUGUUGCCAACGGACAGUGAGUCUGGUCCUGAGUGUUCCACAGAUUGAUAAACGAGGUUUAAAAACCUGAAAAAAAACUGGUGCCAAUCCUCAUUCUAUUAAAACAUUUGAUUGCAUCAACUUCCGAAGGAUGAAAGCGGGAGACGAAUGAAGAGGAAUAAUGUUGAGGUUGCAUGGAAUAUGAUUAUAAAAAAAUCACGUGAGGUGACAAGAGUUGCUUAUACACGAGGCCAAGGUGAAAUAUUAUUUCUAUGGUCUUUUUGUAUAAAAACAUGGGCCAUGAUGACAGAGGUCAUUGUACAAUAUACAAUAAUUCUGUAAAGAACAAAACAUGCCUAGACUGCCACACAUCAUAGCAUGCGUAUCUGUGAUACACUUACCUUUUAUUGAAACUUGUCAAUGGUUGUUCAAGAUAUUGUGUAAACCACUGCAAGGAUAUGUCAAUCUUGUGCUUUACAUGUCCAAAGUAGAGAUAAGCUUUGAAUGUUAACUGGAGCCCUCCAUAAGCUGAAAGCAUUUUUCACUCCCAGAUGUAAUAUAUGGUUUGCUAGAAUAUCUGGUAAUGUAGUGGGAAAGGUACUGUAGUGGGAAUGUGGUCAAAUUGCACCGCGAUCAAAACAUAUCCUUGGCUAUUGACAUUGUAGUCUUGUACAAAUAGAUUAUACAUAGAUCAUGUAUCCAAGUAAAUCAGUCUUUUUAAGAUCAACAGCAAUAUUGGGUUAGAAGACCUGUGGUACAAUAAAAAGACAGAGUAUAUGUGAAUUUCUGAGUAUGUGUGUACUCAGCUAGGUACAUGUGCACCAAGCUGAGUACAUCUGUACUGAGUAUGUUUACCGAGCUCUUGAGAACGGUAACAUCUUGGUUUAUUGUGUGUGAUUUUACUUAAAUCUCAUGGGUUUAUAGGUUUGUGUGGAGAGAAAAGUGAA